AUGGGAUGUCCUCAGGCACAGCGACCAGAAGAUGCUUGGGCGCAAAUUUUAAAGCAUCAAAUUGAGCAGGGAUUUAUAGGCGGAGUUAUUUUAUUUCGAGAAAAUAUCUCUUCUCAAUCUCAGACAAGAGAGCUGGUCGAAUUUUUGCAAGAAGCUGUGCCUGAAGAAUUGGCCCCCCUUUUGGUUACUAUUGAUCAAGAAGGAGGCGCUGUUCAACGCUUUUCUUCCCAAAAUGGGGGAAUAGAAACGCCAAAGGCGGAAGAUAUUUCUGACAAUAUGUCUCCUGAAGAAGCCGAUUCUGUUUAUGCAACGAUGGCACAGUCUUUAGCAUCCAUUGGUGUAAAUUGGAAUUUCGGUCCUGUUGUGGACCUAAAGCGUGGUUCCCCUAUUAUCGAUGGCUAUGGCCGAAGCUAUGGUGCAGAUGUUGAACAAGUCGCUCUUUAUGCUAAGGCUUUUAUCAAAGCGCACAAAAAG